AUGGCAAGAAGAUCCAAGAGUCCCACUCCUCCUAGCUCAGAAAAUGACAAGGAAGAUGAAGAAGCAGAGGGUCAUCAUGAAUCAUCAAGAGGCAAUACACCUACCAGAUCCCCAACUCCAACCAAACCCAUUCAUGACAAAAUUCCUACCCCACCUCCAUCACCGAAACAAACAAUUUCAGUAUCGGUUCCUAUCGCUCCUCCACCCACUACUUCACAACCAACGACUUCUUUACUACCACCUCCACCAGUUACUUAUAUUCCAAUUUCUACAUCUCCAUUACCACCUCCUAUAAUUUCACAAUCAACUACCACUACUUUUCCUGACCCAACAGUGGGAGUCAACGUAUCUGAUACGGGGGCAACUACUACAACCAAAACUCCAAUCAUCACUAAACCUCUUUCACCUAUCAACUCAACCGAUUCUGGUGCCACUCUCGGUGGAGAGAAUGAUGAGUAUGACUCUACAUACUUCAGUCCAUAUCAGCUUCCAUCUGAUGAAGACAAUGAUGCUCCUGUCAACAACCAACAUUUAUAG